AUGACGGAAAUCCUUAGUAUUUUGACAUUUACAAUUGUGACUGAAGAAUUUAUGUGUGGACACGGUACUAAUGCUAUCGUCUAUAUAAGCCCCGAAGCAACAAAUCAACUUCUUAUAGCUAGUAGCCAAUAUGAAAUGCUCGAUGGUUCAAUAUGUUCAUGUCUAACAUCAUUAUCAUGUGUAACACCUGCUGCUAUCUAUUUUAAUGUGGCAAACCCAGUAGGCAGUAUUUACUCUGUGAACGGAAACAGAACAUUAGUCAAGGGUAUGCGAAUAGAUUGUUAUCCAUUCAAUGGUUUACUGGCAUCGACGCUCGAGUGUUACUAUGAUUUAUCAUGUAUUGAACUUCUCGUACCGAAUGCGUCAUCUUUCUUACCUCUGAAUUCGAGUCUGCCAAGCAGAUUCUCUCCACAAAAUACUCUCAACGAUUUGAUGAGCCAAAGCAUGGUAGAAGAAUUAGUUUUAGAUUACUCUGAAGAAAUCUUAUAUGAACAAUGCUCACCUUUGACAUGUACCUAUUCAUAUAUACAUCGCAGUACAGUACUUAGCAUUAUUACUUCUAUAGUGGGCCUCAUCAGUGGUUUAAAUACUAUCUUUCGAUUGAUCAUCCCAUGGUUGGUUCAUGCAGUUGAGAAAAUAAAAAGAAGAAUGGUGAAUUCAUCAACUCGUGAAUCAAGAGAAACUGCACCAGGUAAGGGCAGUGUACAUUAAAAAGACGCUCAUCAACAAAGAAUUUCUAUAGUGAGCAGUAGAUUUAGACAGAUCAAAAAUAGAUAAUCAUCGUGAUUGUUAUCAUCGACUAAUAAUAUUCAAAGAUGAAAUGCUUAAAAAUGACAUAUAAAGGCUAUUUAGAAAAAUGACAAACAUUGAGCACGAAUCCGUCAACAUUUUACUAACAUCACCUUAUGUCUGUCCCAGUAGUCCAAUGCGAACAGAAGAGAAAGUCUUUUAGAAAGUACAGAGCUUAAGAGACAAUAUUCGACUAUUCUUAUUGAUAAUAUUUCAGCACGAUUGCCAAAAUUGAAAUAACCUACCAUACCUACUGAGAAGAGAUUUUCUAAUUAUCUAUAAUUGGAACAAUAGAUAGUAAAAACAAUGUCACAAACUGUUCGUCGCCUCACGUACUAUAUACGUAUAUAAAACUUCACAUCAUGGUGAAAAAUAGAGCUCGCUCCUGUUAAUGCUAUGGAAUAAUGAAAAUUUCAUUUUUGAAGUCUACAGACUCUUAUUUUACAGGCUUCGUAAAGAGCCUAUCUUUUUAGAAUUUAGCUACUAUUUUUUCAGAUGUUAAAGAUUAUAUAAGAUGAGAGUCAAAUAAUUAAUACUCAUGUACUUUUCUCAUCGUCUAGAACUCUAAGAUGGUUAAUCUGUAUGUACGCGAGAAGGGAAGCAGAAAAAAACCUGUUUGAAGAUCUAUCAUCGUGAUUGAUAUAGUAGCAUUAUACAUUUAAUUAUUGCAUUAACAAAAAAAUAAUGUCUUUUUCUUUUUGAAUGAACUAUGUAAAAUGUACAGGGUUGUGGCGACCACGAGGUGUGAGAUGGUGCGCACCACCUCAACUUUUGAAAAUUUUCGUUAUUUUCCAGCAAAAAUCUGUAUUUUUAUUAAAAAAACGAUCAACAAAAGGAAAAAUGAGGAUUUGCACCACCCCAACAAUUAAAAAUUUUGUAAGUACAUCCUCUUACGUCCAAAAAUUUCUUGAGUACACCCUGAAGUUUGAAAAAAAUUUCUUUUGCAUCACCCCAUAUUUUUUCUGUUCGUCACAUCCCUGAAAAUGUAAAACAAUAUAUUGAUUGAACUCCGUCAUUGAUCCAUUUGAUGAAACUAUUUUCUAAGAAUGCUUGCCUUCAUCGAGAAUCAAAGUCUUAUAUUCAGUUGAUAACGAUGUUCUUUUUUGUGAUACUUCUUUUACGGUCAAGUGCUUCCUCUGCUUUCGAAUUGGUAUACAUGCAUGGCUUGUGUAUUUGCUUUUUGUUCUCUGUAAGAGAACACAGGAAUAUAAAACUGACUCCCACAUAAGUUGUGGUUCAUGCUAUUGAUCAACUAGUUAAGUUUACAUUUCAUUUCACUCAAAGUUCAUCCAUAAUUUCCCGACUACAUUUAUGAUAUUUUUAAGACGCAAACUCUAAAAGUCUAUUCAAUUUAGAAUUAAAUUGGACAUUUUACAGGAACUGAUUUGAUCCCGUUGGUUAAUUCAAGCUAGGAACGGGUUACUCGUUUAUGCAUAAAAAAGAUUCGUAGAAUAAUAAGCAAGGGGGUAAAAGCGGAUUGUGGUAUCCCGGUAUCCUGUGUAUCCCCGAUGUAUCCUAUGUAUCCCCGAUGUAUCCUGUGUAUCCCCGAUGUAUCCUCUGUAUCCCCGAUGCAUCCUGUGUAUCCCCGAUGUAUCCUGUGUAUCCCCGAUGUAUCCUGUGUAUCCCCGAUGUAUCCUCUGUAUCCCCGAUGUAUCCUGUGUAUCCCC